AUGAGUGACUUCUCCCUUCUGUUCAUGGCUGGAGCAAAUGCUGUGGAAGACCAGAGAGCUCGCUGGGAGAGAAAGCGCAGCCGGACAACAAAGGAGCUGCUGGCAACUGAACACAAAUAUCUUGAGCAGCUGGAUUUGGUGGUCACGUUCUUUGUGACAAUUUUAAAGGCCAAAGGGACGCUGAAACCUGCUGUGUUGGAAACCAUAUUUGGACCCCUGGAAUCCAUAUAUUCAGCCAGUCAUGUUCUCUCGCUUCAUCUGGAGAGAGGCAAUUUGGGACCAGGAUUGGAAAAUUUCUGUCAGAAUGUGGAGCUUUAUGGCCACUAUGCUGAGAAUUUGGAGCAGGCAAAUAAAACCUUAAGGGAGCAAUUGAGGAGAAAUAAGUCAUUCCGACGGUUUAAGAAACUUCAGGAGACUCGACCUCAGUUUGAAGGGAGGAAGCUAGAAGAUCUGCUUCCUUUGCCCCUGCAGAGGUUGCACCAGUAA